CAUCAAUGACCUUGGUGAAAGAUGUAUAAAAGCCAGGAACAGCAGAAUCUCCUUAGUUGGUCCUUUUCUUGCCAGGGCUAGCUUGCUUCAUUUUUCUUUUGUGAGCAUACCUCCUUCAAUUUGCUUGCCAAGAUGAUGGACGCAUCGGAGUUCGGGGAAGCUGCACCUUUCCUCCGAAAAAGUGAGAGGGAAAUCAUGAUGUUGCAGACAGUGGCCUUUGAGGGAAAGAAGAAAUGCUGGAUUCCUGAUGAAAAGAAAGCAUAUCUUGAAGCAGAAAUCAAGGAGAGUGGUGGUGGCAAAGUUACUGUGGAGACUAUAGAUGGGAAGACUGUUACUGUAAAAGAAGAUGAUGUUCAGCAGAUGAACCCACCAAAGUUUGACAUGAUUGAAGAUAUGGCUAUGUUGACCCACCUAAAUGAAGCUUCAGUACUAUAUAAUUUGUAUAGACGCUACUCUAACUGGAUGAUUUAUACUUACUCAGGCCUCUUCUGUGUGACAAUAAACCCUUACAAAUGGCUUCCUGUCUACAAAACGGAAGUAGUUGCUGCUUACAAAGGGAAGAGACGCUCAGAGGCUCCUCCCCACAUCUUCUCCAUUGCAGAUAAUGCAUAUCAUGAUAUGUUGCGUAAUCGAGAAAACCAAUCAAUGCUGAUUACUGGAGAAUCUGGUGCUGGUAAAACUGUGAACACAAAACGUGUCAUUCAGUAUUUUGCCACUGUUGCAGCAAUUGGUGAACCUGGAAAAAAAAGCCAGCCGGCCACCAAGACUGGGGGAAACCUGGAAGAUCAAAUCAUCCAAGCCAAUCCAGCUUUGGAAGCUUUUGGGAAUGCCAAAACUCUGAGAAAUGACAACUCUUCACGUUUUGGUAAAUUUAUCAGGAUCCAUUUUGGGACUACAGGCAAGCUAUCAUCUGCUGAUAUUGAAAUCUAUCUUUUAGAGAAAUCCCGAGUUAUUUUUCAACAACCAGGUGAAAGAGACUAUCAUAUCUUCUAUCAAAUCUUGUCAGGAAAGAAAGCAGAGCUACAAGAUAUGUUAUUGGUCUCAACAAACCCAUAUGACUAUCACAUCUGUUCACAAGGUGUUGUUACUGUGGAUAAUUUAGAUGAUGGGGAAGAGCUGAUUGCAACUGAUCAAGCCAUGGAUAUUUUGGGUUUUGUUGCUGAUGAAAAAUAUGGUGCCUACAAACUCACUGGUGCAAUUAUGCACUUUGGAGACAUGAAAUUUAAACAAAGACCCAGGGAAGAGCAAGCAGAAGCUGAUGGCACAGAGAGUGCUGAUAAGGCUGCUUAUCUAAUGGGAGUUAACUCUUCUGAUAUGCUUAAGGGUUUGGUGCAUCCAAGAGUGAAAGUUGGAAAUGAGUAUGUCACUAAAGGCCAAAAUGUAGAACAGGUUACCUAUGCUGUUGGAGCUUUAUCUAAGGCAGUAUACGAUCGAAUGUUCAAAUGGCUUGUUAUUCGCAUAAAUAAGACUUUGGACACUAAAUUACCAAGACAGUUCUUCAUUGGAGUAUUAGACAUUGCUGGUUUUGAGAUCUUUGAUUAUAAUAGUUUUGAACAACUUUGCAUUAAUUUCACAAAUGAAAAAUUGCAACAGUUUUUCAAUCAUCACAUGUUUGUCUUGGAGCAAGAAGAAUACAAAAAGGAGGGCAUUGAAUGGGAGUUCAUUGACUUUGGAUUGGAUCUACAGGCUUGCAUUGAUCUAAUUGAAAAGCCCUUGGGCAUCCUUUCUAUCCUUGAAGAAGAAUGCAUGUUUCCAAAGGCUACAGACAUGACCUUUAAAGCCAAACUCUAUGACAACCAUCUUGGCAAAUCACCCAAUCUGCAGAAACCAAGGCCUGACAAAAGGAGGAAAUACGAAGCACAUUUUGAACUUCUGCAUUAUGCUGGAGCAGUGCCCUAUAACAUAAUUGGUUGGCUUGAGAAAAACAAAGAUCCACUCAAUGAAACCGUGGUGGGUAUUUUUCAGAAAUCUUCCAACAAACUUCUGGCCAGCCUAUUUGAAAAUUAUGUGAGUGCUGACAGUGUUGAUCAUAGUGGAGAGAAGAAACGCAAGAAAGGGGCUUCCUUCCAGACAGUGUCAUCAAUGCAUAAAGAAAAUUUAAACAAAUUGAUGACUAAUUUACGAUCUACAGCUCCUCAUUUUGUGCGUUGCAUUAUUCCCAAUGAAUCAAAAACUCCAGGGGCAAUGGAUCCUUUCCUUGUCCUCCAUCAACUUCGCUGUAAUGGUGUCUUGGAAGGAAUCCGCAUUUGCCGCAAAGGCUUUCCUAAUAGAGUCAUUUAUGCUGACUUUAAACAAAGAUAUCGCAUCCUGAAUCCUUCUGCAAUUCCAGAGGACAAGUUUGUGGAUAGCAGAAAAGCUGCUGAAAAAUUAUUGGGCUCUUUGGAUAUUGAGCAUAACCAGUAUCGCUUUGGGCACACCAAGGUUUUUUUUAAAGCUGGUCUCCUAGGCCAUCUGGAAGAAAUGAGAGAUGAGAGAUUAGCCAAGAUCUUAACAUUAAUUCAAGCAAGAGCCCGAGGCAAACUGAUGCAAAUUGAGUUCCAGAAGAUGGUAGAACGAAGAGAUGCCCUGCUUGUGAUCCAGUGGAACAUUCGAGCUUUCAUGGUUGUGAAAAAUUGGCCCUGGAUGAAAUUAUUCUUUAAGAUCAAACCCCUCCUAAAAUCAGCAGAGACUGAAAAAGAAAUGGCUAAUAUGAAAGAAGAGUUCCUGAAACUGAAGGAGGCCUUAGAAAAAUCAGAAGCCAGAAGGAAAGAACUUGAAGAAAAGCAAGUUUCUCUUGUACAGGAGAAAAAUGACCUACUCCUCCAGCUGCAGGCAGAACAAGAUACCCUUGCAGAUGCAGAAGAAAGAUGUGAUUUACUGAUUAAAUCUAAGAUUCAGCUGGAAGCCAAAGUCAAAGAACUGACUGAACGGGUAGAAGAUGAAGAAGAGAUGAACUCGGAGUUGACAUCCAAGAAGAGAAAGCUGGAGGAUGAAUGUUCUGAGCUGAAGAAAGAUAUUGAUGACCUUGAAAUUACUUUGGCAAAAGUUGAGAAAGAAAAACAUGCUACAGAAAAUAAGGUUAAAAACCUAACAGAAGAAAUGGCAGCACUGGAUGAAACUAUCAGCAAACUUACAAAAGAAAAGAAAUCUUUACAGGAAGCUCAUCAGCAGGCCUUAGAUGAUUUGCAAGUAGAAGAGGAUAAAGUCAAUACUCUGAGCAAGGCUAAAGUAAAACUGGAGCAACAAGUGGAUGAUCUUGAAGGUUCUCUGGAACAAGAAAAGAAAGUGAGAAUGGAUCUGGAAAGAGCCAAACGAAAACUGGAAGGAGACUUGAAACUGACUCAAGAAAGUGUCAUGGAUUUAGAGAAUGAUAAACUGCAACUGGAAGAAAAGCUAAAGAAGAAAGAAUUUGAAAUCAAUCAGAUGAACUCUAAGAUUGAAGAUGAACAGGCCAUAGUGAUGCAGCUCCAAAAAAAGAUAAAAGAGCUUCAGGCCCGUAUAGAGGAGUUGGAGGAAGAACUGGAAGCAGAAAGGGCUGCCCGAGCGAAAGUGGAGAAGCAGCGAUCAGAUCUGGCCCGAGAACUAGAAGAAUUGAGUGAGCGACUAGAGGAAGCUGGGGGUGCUACUUCAGCACAGCUGGAAAUGAACAAGAAACGUGAGGCAGAGUUUCUCAAACUACGACGGGACCUUGAAGAAGCCACUUUGCAUUAUGAAGCUACUGCAGCUACACUAAGGAAGAAGCAUGCAGACAGCAUGGCAGAACUUGGGGAACAAGUUGACAAUUUGCAGAGAGUCAAACAAAAACUGGAGAAAGAGAAAAGUGAGCUGAAGUUAGAGGUGGAUGAUUUAUCAUCCAACAUGGAGCAGCUGGUCAAGGGAAAGGCAAAUGCAGAGAAACUCUGUCGUACUUUUGAAGAUCAUCUCAGUGAGGCCAAGACUAAAGUGGAUGAAAUGACUCGGGUGAUAAAUGAUCUGACUGCGCAGAAAGGGAAGCUGCAAGCUGAGAAUGGUGAAUUUACGAGGCUGCUGGAAGAAAAAGAAUCAUUUAUCAACCAACUUUCUCGAGGGAAAUUGUCUUUCACUCAACAAAUAGAUGAACUUAAAAGGCAGCUAGAGGAAGAGACCAAGUCCAAGAAUGCUUUGGCCCAUGCUCUGCAGGGUGCUCGCCAUGACUGUGACCUCUUGCGUGAGCAGUUUGAGGAGGAACAAGAAGCUAAGGCUGAGUUGCAGAGAGCACUUUCUAAAGGGAAUGCAGAAGUAGCACAAUGGAGAACUAAAUAUGAAACAGAUGCCAUCCAAAGAACUGAAGAACUAGAAGAAGCUAAGAAAAAAUUGGCAGCUCGUCUCCAGGAGGCAGAGGAAGCCAUUGAGGCUGCCAAUGCCAAAUGCUCAUCUCUGGAAAAGACAAAAUAUCGACUGCAGAAUGAAUUGGAGGACAUAAUGAUUGACUUGGAAAAGGCCAACUCAGCAGCAGGAGUUCUGGACAAGAAGCAGCGCAAUUUUGACAGGAUUAUUGCAGAAUGGAAACAGAAGUAUGAAGAGUCCCAAGCAGAGCUUGAGAGUGCCCAGAAGGAAUCUAGAAGCCUCAGUACAGAAUUAUUUAAACUAAAGAAUGCAUAUGAAGAAAGCCUAGACAAUACAGAAACCUUAAAAAGAGAAAACAAGAAUCUCCAAGAGGAAAUUUCAGAUCUAACCGAUCAGAUCAGCGAAGGAAACAAGAACCUUCAUGAAUUAGAGAAAAUGAAGAAACAGACUGAACAAGAAAAAGCAGAAGUCCAGCUAGCCCUAGAAGAAGCUGAGGGAGCUCUGGAGCAUGAAGAAAGCAAAACAUUACGUUUUCAACUGGAACUUUCCCAAAUUAAAGCAGAUUUUGAACGAAAAUUGGCAGAAAAAGAUGAGGAAAUUGAAAACUUCAGGAGAAACCAGCAGCGUACAAUAGACACACUGCAGUCUACCUUGGAUUCUGAAGCUAAAAGCAGGAACGAGGCUGUCCGUCUGAAAAAGAAGAUGGAAGGUGACCUCAAUGAAAUGGAAGUCCAACUGAGCCAUGCUAACCGACAUGCUUCUGAAGCAAUUAAGACUACACGCAUCCUUCAGGCUCAAUUAAAGGAAUUGCAAAUGCAGCUUGAUGAUUCAACACACCUUAAUGAGGAUUUCAAAGAGCAAUUGGCAGUCACUGAUCGACGUAAUACUCUUCUCCAAUCUGAGCUGGAUGAGCUGAGGGCUGUGCUGGAUCAGACAGAACGUAGUCGUAAAUUGGCAGAACAAGAAUUAUUAGAAGCCACUGAACGUGUCAACCUUCUGCACACCCAGAAUACAAGUCUAAUCAACCAGAAGAAGAAGCUGGAGAAUGAUGUUACUCAAAUACAAACUGAGGUGGAAGAAGCUAUACAGGAAUGCAGGAAUGCUGAAGAAAAGGCCAAAAAAGCAAUCACUGAUGCAGCAAUGAUGGCUGAAGAACUUAAGAAAGAGCAGGACACCAGUGCUCACUUGGAGCGCAUGAAGAAGAAUAUGGAACAGACUAUCAAAGAUUUACAGAAGAGACUUGAUGAAGCAGAACAAAUUGCUCUCAAAGGGGGCAAAAAGCAGAUUCAGAAACUGGAAUCGAGGAUUCGUGAGCUAGAAAAUGAACUAGAGGCAGAAAUUCGUCGAAAUACUGAGUCUCAGAAAGGAGUCCGCAAAUAUGAGAGACGCAUCAAAGAGUUGACUUACCAGGCAGAAGAAGACAAAAAGAAUUUGGCAAGAAUGCAGGAGCUAAUUGAUAAAUUGCAACUCAAAGUAAAAAGCUACAAGCACCAAGCAGAAGAAGCUGAAACUCAAGCCAAUCAAUACCUUGCAAAAUAUAGGAAACAGCAACAUGAGCUGGAUGAUGCUGAAGAACGAGCUGAGAUUGCUGAAUCCCAGGUUAAUAAGCUCAGGACAAAGUCAAGAGACAUUGGCAUGAAAAAGGUUCAUGAUGAAGAAUAAGUAUACUUUCAUUGUAUAAUUGAUGGCUGGAAUGGUGUUCACAAAGGGGAGCACACAUCAAUACUGAAGCAGAAGAAAACUGAUUCUUAAUUAAUAAAAAUCAAUGUCUAUACUGCUGUUGUCCUUGCUGUAUUAUAAAAAUACAUUAUUCAAGGCUUGACGUAAAAAUAUUUUAUUUUGUUCAUUAUUUUCCACAUUGAGAUUCAUUUAAAAUAUCGGAGAAAAGGGGCACACUUCAGUAGAGAAUAUAUUCUGAGUAAUCCUUGCUGAAAUUAAUGAAAAUUGCUCAGCAGUUGUGCUUUCUUUCAGGUUCUUGCCUCUUUAUAGCCCUAUGAAUCACAUCACCAAUUAUGAACAAGCCAGAGGUGAUCACACAGCUUAAGGUCAUGGUGAUUAAAAGCAAAAAAAAAAAAAAAAAAUGUUU